CGGUUGGGGGUCAGUCGGGAUGAUAUCACACUGUCUUUGUCCGUGGGCGGUAGGACAGAGACAAUGGCGCCAAGGAGGCCUCGAAUGCUGUCACUGCCCCACUUUCUGGAAAUCAAGCCCCUCCGGCUUGGACGGUAUUGAAGUCGCAUGCCGGCGCAAAUCCUCGCUUUGCUUGACGUCCUUUCGAUAUUUGCCCCCGACCAAUUGAACCAUGGCGCCCGAAGAGAAGAAGAAGGACCCUAGGGCCUGGAGAGGCCUCACGCCUCCUCUGGCUGAAUGGAUCCUCGACUUCGUGUCCAGCCAAGGCUUUCAGCGCAUGACGCCCGUCCAAGCAGCAUGUCUGCCGCAGUUCCUUGGAAACAAGGACGUCGUAGUCGAGGCUGUCACCGGCAGUGGUAAAACGCUUGCCUUCCUCCUCCCGAUCGUCCAGAAGCUCAUGCGCCUCUCCGAACCCACGAAGCGUGGCCAUGUGUUCUCCAUCAUCGUCUCCCCGACCCGCGAACUCGCUAUUCAGAUCCAUACCGUCCUCCAGUCACUCGUCGGCUUCCACCCCCCGUCCGCCGAGAUCCUGCCCCACCUCAAGGAAGACGACAAGCGCCCCGAUACGACGGUGCCGGUUAUCGUCCCUCAGUUGCUCGUCGGCGGAGUGACUACCACACAGCAAGAUCUCAGCUACUUUGUCAGACAUGCGCCCAACAUCUUGGUCUCGACACCGGGUAGACUUGUUGAGCUUCUCGCGUCCCCGCAUGUCCACUGCACAUCUGCCACUUUCGAAAUGCUGGUUCUCGACGAGGCGGACCGUCUUUUGGAUAUGGGUUUCAAGCAGGACAUCCAGAGGAUUCUGGGAUACCUGCCGAAGCAGAGAAGGACAGGCUUGUUCAGCGCUUCUGUCUCGGAGGCAGUGUCACAGAUCAUCACUGUUGGUCUGAGAAACCCAGUCAAGAUUGCCGUGCGCGUGAAGAGCUUAAGGGACGGAGGAAUCAUCGAGGACCGGAAAACGCCAAUCAGUCUGCAAAUGUCAUACCUCGUCACGCCAGCCAGCCAGAAGCUCCCAGCACUGAGCAAGAUCCUCGAGAACCUUAACCCUCGGCCACAGCGCAGCAUCGUCUUCUUGUCGUCUUGCGCUGCUGUCGACUACUUCCAACACGUCCUCCCCACCAUCAUGCCGGAAGGCUUCACACUCGUGCCCCUGCACGGGAAGCUGCCUCCCAAGGCAAGAGAGAAGAGCUUCAACAAGUUUGUAAACUCAGUAUCACCAUCCGUGUUGCUGUGCACCGAUAUCGCGGCAAGAGGUCUCGACAUCCCACAGGUAGACUUUGUCUGCCAGGUCGAUCCUCCUUCAGAUCCCAAGGUCUUCAUCCACAGGAGCGGACGUGCUGGAAGAGCAGGCAGAAAGGGACUGUCAGUGGUUUUCCUGCAGCCCGGCCACGAAGAGGACUACAUUCCCUUCCUCGAAGUCCGCAAGACGCCCAUCUUCCCCCUGACGAAACCCGAGAUCACGAUCACCGAAGAGGAAGCCAACGAGGCGUCAGAAAAGUUCCGCGACGUCCUCCGUAGCGACCGCGCCUACCACGACAAGGCGCAACGAGCCUUCGUGAGCUGGGUGCGCAGCUACAACGCUCACCUGACAACCUCCAUCUUCCGCGUCAAGGACCUCGACUGGGCCGACCUCGGAAAGGCAUGGGGUUUGCUCCGUCUGCCGCGCAUGCCCGAGACGAAGAACUGGGAGGGAGACAAGUGGCUCGGCAACGAGGACUUUGACUGGGAGAAUUUCACGUACCAGGACAAGACGAGAGAGGCGGCACGACUAGCAGCGGCGGAGGCGGAGCGCAACGGCGAGAAGGCAGCUGCCGCGGACGAGGUGAAGCGCAAGCGCAAGACCAACGAGGCGUGGAGCAAGCAGACGGAGAGAGACGACGUGCGGGUGGAGCGCCGCGAUAAGAGGAGACGUAAGAGAGAGUCCGAACGGAUGUCUACCAUGACAGAGGACGAGAAGAUCAAGGCGAUGGAGCUGAAUGAGAUGAUUGCGGAGAUUAGGAAAAAGAACCAGGCCACGGCGGCGGCUGGCGGGAAGGACGAUGAGUUUGAGGGGUUCGAUGAUUGAAAGCGUCUGUUGUAAUACUAUCUAUUGAUGUCGUUAUACUCUCGUCCGGGGGAUUUCUGGCUCAAGCUUGGGUGGAGGAUGUGGAGGCGAUACCCCCCCCCCCCCCGCGAACGCUUUUUGGCCUCACACGAUGCAAUCUCACGAGACCCUCUCUUCCGUCCGCCCCAUUCUGUCUCCGCGUCCUCGUCGCCAACCCUUUCGGCUUUGAUUUUCAUGUUUCCACAGCGGAGAAGAGGCCAAAGAAAAUUUGCAAAAGAAUGACUCACUCUCCACACUGAC